AUGUCCACCGAUAACACUAGUAAAACAAUUAUAUUAAGUAAUGAUGGUGGUUGGUGUUGGUUUGAAUCGCCUGGUGCUCUACAACACGGUUCUCUUAUUUUGAUAGGAUCAGUUGCAUCUGGUGGUAACAAUGAAAAUCGUCGUGGUAAUAUCGAAUUACAUAUUCAUGAUUGUUCAUCACAAAUUACAGAGCGUGUAAUAUUACAUGAACAAUUUGAAUUAGAUGAUCAUAAUGGUCCUGCUCUACUUAUGAGACCUGAUAAUCGAUUGUUAGUUCUUUAUGCAAAACAUAAUACAGAAUCACAUAAUUAUUUACGCAUUUCUCUUGAUGAUACAACACCAUUUCGUGAAUUCACUCCAGUUCAACUUUAUACACCAUCGUUGACCACUGAACUUACAUAUGCAAAUCUAUUUCUUCUUCCAGAUGAAUCGAAUCGUAUUUAUAACUUUUUUCGAGGUCUUGAUGGUUCAUUCAAACCAUCGUAUCUUUAUUCAGAUGAUCUUGGAACAACUUGGCAUAAUGGUAAUAUUUAUAUUAAUGUUCCAUCAACACAAAAACAUCGACCCUAUGUACGAUUUAUAUCAAAUGAACGUGAUACAAUACAUAUGGUAUAUACAGAAGGACAUCCUCGUGAUUAUGAUAAUAGUUUAUAUCAUAUUUAUUAUCGAGCUGGACAAUUAUAUCGUUCGGAUGGUAUAAAAUUAUGUUCAUUAAAAGUUGGACUUGAUUCACCUGAUCAAGGUACACAAAUUUAUCAAGGUGAUGCACAACAUGUUACAUGGAUCGUAGAUCUUGUUUUAGAUCAUAAUGAUUAUCCUGUAUCUAUUUACAGUGUUCAAUAUAAUUCAGAAGGUCUUCCUGUUGGUCAAGGUGGUGAUGAUUUACGAUAUAGAUAUGCACGAUGGGAUGGUUCUAUGUGGCAUAAUUAUCCACUGGCUUAUGCUGGUUGUCGUCUUUAUGGAGGUGAAGAUGAUUAUAGUGGUUUAGCUGCAAUUGAACCUGACGAUCCAUCCAUAGUCUAUAUAUCAACUAACAGUGAUCCAGUCAAUGGAAAUCCACUUAUCAGUCAUAGUGAUGAACAACGACACUAUGAACUCUUUUGUGGUAAAACAAAUGAUGAAGGACAAACAUGGACAUGGACAGCACUUACAAGUAAUUCAACGAAAGAUAAUCUACGACCUAUGCGACCAAAACGUACAAACAAAAAGAAUUCUAAUCAAUAUCGUACAUUAGUAUGGCUAAGAGGUAGAUAUCUUUCUUAUACAGAUUAUCUACAAGAAAUUGUUGCACGUAUAUGGGAAACCAACAAUAAUGAGAAGGACGGAGAAGAUAAAUAG